AUGACUAUCGGCAGAGAUUCCUCUUCCCAAACAUCAUGCCUGUUCAAUGAGGAUGCGCUCAUCAACCGCCUUCUCCCGCCAGAACUGCUCGCCACUAUCAUGAUCCUCAGCAUCGGCCAGGACUGGCACGAGAAGCGGCCCUUCAUGGAGCCUCUCGCAUUCAGUCGGGUCUGUCGCUACUGGCGCAGCGUCUGCCUGAACACGCCGCAGAUUUGGUCGUCAAUCUCUUACGGAGGCCUCUACCCGGACGGUGUUCGUAACGACAAGUUAGACGGGUAUACUCCGCUCAUGUGGCGCUCUGGCGCAGUCGAGCUGGCCGCUUUGCGCGAACAACUGCGCCGAUCGGGGACAUUGCCACUGGACAUCGUGAUCGGCAGAUACCACGACGAUGACAACGCUCCUGCUGGCGUCGGUCGCAAGCUGCAUGAAGAUGACAACUUCAUCUACCUCUGGAGGACCGUCUUUCGAGAAUUGCCACGGUGGCGAACGGUCUCGUUGGUCCUGGACGAUCACCUUCGUUGCGCAGCCCCGAAGCCCUUCGAUUGCGCUCUCAAGGCCCCAAUUCUUGAGGAAGCCACCAUCAUCUGCUCGCAUGGGUACGGUGACAGGAUUGACUUCCGAUGGCUGGCCAGAGCGCAGGCACUUCGCCGCUUGCAUCUCUUACAAACGCCGUCGCCUUCGCGCAUACAGCUACCCUGGGAAGGCCUUACCCACCUCACCCUCGAUCUUCGAAGUGUCGAGGAGACGACGCUGUAUGACUGCUUCGAGGUCCUACCUCGGUGCGUCGCUCUCGAGCAUUUGAGGAUCGCCGUCGGCACAGGCGGAUAUCCUGGGCUUGAAUCACCUGUUGUCCUCCCCUCGUUGCGCUCGCUCGUACUCGAUCGGGCAAGCUCAUUGUGUCAAUGCAUAUGUGCGCCCAAACUUGAGUAUCUCGCCUGCUAUAUGAGGCCUUUCUGGAGGCCUUUCGCCCUGACACAGAGUCUCAUCGAGCUUGCCCGCCGAGGGCCCGGUCUUCAAGGACUCCAAGAACUUGUUCUCGUGUUCCAACAAGACCCCGCGUCAGUGCGCGUUCAGUCGGCUGCCGCACUGGGUGCUUUCUUCGUCACGCUCCAAAUCUCGCCCGGAUCUCCUGUUGACUUGCCUAGCGAGUUGGAGGAACAUACACUGGAUGAGCUCCUUGAGCUCUUACCCGCUCUAGAAUGUUUGGACCUAACGACGGAUGACUUGGGCCGCGUCGACCUUGCAAACUUGCGGGUGGCUUCUUCCCUGCGCGAUCUAGCCAUAGAGGGCGAUCUUUCCGAAAAAAGCCUUGCCGAUCUGCGAGCGCUGUUCGCCGAUGGAGGGUUGCGCAACCUGACGAACCUGACUCUGCGCCAGACCAAUAUCUCUAAAGGGUUUAGCACGGGCUAUGAAGGCCUAGUAGCUGCGCUGGGCCAACGUGGUGUGACCGUAGAGACGUUGAAUGUGGGCCGAGGCGACUGCAAUGGGCAGAGGCCGGUAGACGAUUCUCUCUGGAGUGACGAAGUACAAGCACCGUCCUGCAUACCUAUGUAG